AUGGACAUGUCAAAAACUUUUCGUUCAUUAUUGGAUAAUCAAAGCAUCGAUAAUUACCAUUUAGACACAAAAAUUAAGAGAAUAUUAUUCAGAGAAGGAAAUGAAAAUUCGUCAUUAAAGAGUAGAAUAUUGGAAACAGAAUCUGACUAUAAUAUAUUUGAUAGUUAUUAUUAUGUUCAUGAUAACAGUUAUAAUAGUUUUGAAAGGUUACAUGAUCAAGCAGAAAAAAAUAUAUAUAAAGGAAAAAAUAAAAAAUCGCUACUAAAUUCUACUGGUAAACCUUUAAAGAAAUUUGAUAAAAAGUAUGAGGAAAGUGUAAUGAAUGCGCUUUACAUUAAUGAUAAUGAAUUUAUGAGUGGUUCAAAUAAUUGUUCAUCUGCAGCUAAGCACAUUUAA